AUCAGCGCUCUCGGUAUCGCGAGAACCUCCAGCAGCCGAUAACCAUGAAUCUAUUGCUAUUUUUUAUUUUGGGAUUGCUUGUUCACUUUGUGUUCUUUGUGUCCAUCUUUGACAUUUACUUUACUUCUCCCCUGGUACAUGGUAUGACUCCUCAAAUUACUCCUCUGCUGCCUCCAGCUAGAAGAUUAGUGUUAUUUGUUGCUGAUGGCCUUCGGGCAGAUUCCCUCUAUGAAUUAGAUGAAAAUGGAACUUCGAGAGCACCAUUUAUCAGGAAUAUAAUACUGCAUAAAGGUAGCUGGGGUAUUUCUCAUACUCGUGUACCCACUGAAUCCAGGCCAGGACACGUGGCACUGAUAGCUGGUUUUUAUGAAGAUGUCAGUGCAGUUGCCAAAGGGUGGAAGGAGAAUCCUGUGGAAUUUGAUUCUCUUUUCAACGAAAGCAAAUAUACUUGGAGCUGGGGAAGCCCAGAUAUUUUACCUAUGUUUGCUAAAGGUGCAAGCGGAGACCAUGUUUAUAUCCAUUGUUACACAGCUGAAAAAGAGGACUUUGGUGCGCAAGAUGCAGCACGGCUUGACACCUGGGUUUUUGACCAGGUUAAGGAUUUUUUCCAGUCUGCUAAGAGUAAUCAGUCUUUGUUCUUAAAAUUAAAUGAAGAGAAAAUUGUGCUGUUCUUGCAUUUGCUGGGAAUAGACACAAAUGGGCACGCUCACCGACCAUCAUCAAGGGAAUACAAGGACAAUAUAAGAAAAGUUGAUGAUGGAGUGAAGGAAAUAGUGUCCCUUCUGGAGGAUUUUUAUGAAAAUGAUGAGAAAACAGCCUUUGUCAUUACUUCUGAUCAUGGAAUGACAGACUGGGGAUCCCAUGGUGCUGGCCAUGCCUCAGAGACUUUAACACCUUUGGUCUCUUGGGGAGCUGGAAUCCGUUAUCCACAGCAGGUGUCAACCCAACUCUUUGAGGAUGAAUUUUUGAAAGAAUGGCAACUAGAGAACUGGAAGAGGCAAGAUGUCAAUCAGGCUGACAUAGCACCAUUGAUGGCAUCCCUCAUUGGAGUUCCUUUUCCCCUUAAUUCUGUGGGAAUCCUGCCUCUGGAUUAUCUUAACAAUAGUGAUCUUUUCAAAGCUGAGAGCAUGCUCACAAAUGCACUACAGAUUCUUGAACAGUUUAAGAUUAAAAUGACUCAGAAAAAGGAAGUUACACUGCCAUUUUUAUUUACACCAUUUAAGUUGCUUUCUGACUCCAAACAGCUUGAGAUUUUAGGAAAAGCAAGAUCCUACCUUAAACAGAAGAAGUAUCAGGAUGUGAUUUCUCUUUGCAAGGAGCUGAUUCAUCUUGCACUGGAAGGCUUGUCAUAUUACCACACUUACAACAGAUUCUUUUUGGGCAUCAGUGUUGUUAUGGGUUUUAUUGGAUGGAUAUCUUUUGCUACUGUAAUGAUAAUCAAGUCUCAUUCUAGUCUGACAAGAAGUGUUGUUAAAAGUGGAAAGAAUCCCCACUAUCUUCUGCCAUGCAGUUUUGUAGUUAUUGGAGUUCUAAUAGCAUUCUUCCUGCUGAUUCAAGCCUGUCCCUGGACCUAUUACAUAUAUUGUUUGUUACCAGUGCCAAUAUGGUAUGCAGUUCUCAAAGAAUUCCAGGUUAUUCAAGACCUGAUCACAUCAUUAUUGACCUUUUCUGGAAAACAUUCAGUUGUGUUUUUACUAGUUUUCACCCUGGGGAUCGAAAUAUUAGUUCUCAGCUUUUUCUACCGCUACAUGCUUACUGCUGGUCUUAUUACAAUUGCGUGCUGGCCAUUUUUCACACAACUCUGGAUUCAAGCAAAGAUAACAUCGCUAGGUUGGACUCUCUUCUCUUUACUGCUCGCAGUGUUUCCACUAUUGCCUGUUUUAGGACGCGAGCCAAAUAUCACUCUAGUAACAGGAGCAGGUUUGCUCAUUUUUUUGAUCUCCUUGUCAUCAUUUGCAUAUCUCUGGAAAAGGAAAAGUAAAUAUAUAUGUGAAGAUCUGCCAGUACAUCUGUGUCAGAUGGUAGGUGUACUUAUUUCCACAUAUAUUGUGAAUAGUACUCACAGUAGUCUUCUUCAGAAACAAGGUCUGCCUCAAAUUAACCAGAUUGUUAGCUGGGCAAUACUGGCCUCUUCCUUGGUUGUACCAUUACUGGGUCCCACGAUUGUCUUUCAGCGAUUACUUAGCAUACUUCUCUCCUUGAUGUCAACCUAUCUGCUGUUGAGCACAGGGUAUGAAGCUUUCUUUCCCUUUGUGUUGUCAUGCUUAAUGUUGGUUUGGAUAUGCAUGGAACAAGAAACAUUGCAACAGUCAGGUGUUUCCUGUACACAAAAGCUCACCAGUAUCCAUUUUGCCUAUAAUAUGGAUAUAACUCAAUUCCGGCAACUCCACCUGGAUGACAUCCGUAGGUCCUUCUUCUUUGUUUUCUUCAUAGUGACAGCCUUUUUUGGGACUGGAAACAUAGCUUCUAUUAACAGCUUUGAUCCUUCUUCUGUAUAUUGCUUCCUGACUGUGUUUAGCCCCUUUAUGAUGGGAUCCUUGAUGAUGUGGAAGAUUUUAAUUCCUUUUGUUCUUGUGAUGUGUGCUUUUGAAGCAAUUCAAGUAACAACACAACUGUCAUCAAAAAGCCUUUUCCUCAUUGUCCUUGUUAUUUCAGACAUCAUGGCACUGCACUUUUUCUUCCUGGUCAAAGAUUAUGGAAGCUGGCUUGAUAUUGGGACAAGCAUUAGUCACUAUGUCAUUGUCAUGUGUAUGACCAUCUUCCUGGUCUUACUCAGUGGACUGGCACAACUCCUAACAACAAAGAAAAUCAAAUUGUGGGGAAAAACCAAGCCCCACUUCAUGUGAUGUUGCUGCAGAUUUCCGAUGGCACCUGGAUUUCAUUCAGCCUCUUCUACUUCUAUACUUCUAUUUUUAAACUCUAAUUUAGGAGGAUUGACAUGUCAUAAAAUCCCAUCAAGGAUUCAACAUAAUUUAGUUUUGGAAGAUUAAUAAUGGUGUAUAACAUUUUCUGCUCCCACAAAGGGCAAUACAUUUGGAGCUCUAAAUCUAGAGAUAUCUAGAAUUAAGUAGUUUCCUUUUUUGAAGUUAAAUUUUUGUUAAAAAAAAGUGUGGUUAUGUCUUUGAAAAAACCAUCAUGAAAGUAUUCUUCAUCUUCAUUUUUUCCCUUUAGCUGCAGCUUUUCUUCCAAUUGUUGAUAUGCUGCACCUGCAGAAAGCUGGCUUUUGUCUGAGAAUAAAUACAGCCCUUACAGGACAGCUGUAGGUAUACUCUAUGAAGAUUUUAUUAACAUAUUUCUUGUGCUGAUUAUAUCCCAAACUAUAACUGUGACUGAACUUUGACAUAUAUCACCAGGUAGCACCAUAGUAUUUAUCAAUAUGUAAAAUUAGCUUUGAGGCCAUAUUUUCUAAUUGGCUGAAUUGACACAUUAUUUAAUUCUUCUGGUCUUCAAAAGAUCUCUGAUUUCCUUAGUGUGAUUGGCCAAAAUAUUUCUCAUCACCUGGUGGCCAAAUUUUGGUGAUGGGAAUUUUUGUUUUCAGCCAGAUUAGGUAUUAUAAGAGUCUACUGGGUCAGUACUUGAAAGCUUUCCAUUCUGAUAUGAAUUGAUAGAGUCAAGAGUACUGUGUCUAACUAGAAACCAGAGUUUCCAGACCACAAGGAGGCAUCAAAAUAGGACUUUAGUUGAGGUUAAGGUUUACUGAAAUAGAAAGGUUGGCUGUUGAUAUUUUUGUACACAGGAUUCAGUAGGAAGAGUACAGUCUUUAGAAUGAAAAGAUCUGGGUUCAAAUUCUACCUCAGAUUCUUACUAUCUACAAGACUUUGGGCAAGUCAUUUAAUCUCCCUGGGGCUUAGUUUCCUUACCUCCAAAAGAAAGAGGUUGAUCUAGAUCAAGAUUUUUUUCAAUUUCAAUUUUUAUUUUUAACAUUUAUUUUUAAAUUUUUAGUUCCAAAUUCUCUCCAUCUCUC